CCUCAAUAAUAGACUUGUUUUCUCAGUCAGCCCAGUGAUCUGUGUGAAGCAUCUCUCUCAGGCCUGGUCAAACUGAGAGGGUUGAGUCAGUCACAGCUGUCUCCUCCUUUCCCCGUGCCAUUGGUCAGUUUCACAUAAAGAAAUCUCGUGACGAUUGUGUACAAUCAGAGAGCAUGAGAAGGCGAGAUACAGUCAAUGGCACUUUUACUCAGGCUCAGAGGAAACGGUGAUGUUUACGCUCAGUUCAAGCGAUGUGGGAACUUUAAGCACAAGCAGCCAUCAGUCUACGUCUCUGCCAACACAUCAGUUUAACGUCAAAAUGAAGAUAAACUCUACACACUAAUUAGAACCGACUGUUUUUGGACUGCAGAGGCGAGGUUUUUGGAGCGCGGAGGCCGUGUGAGUCUCAGCGGCAGCAGAAUGAACGUGGGCACCCAAACUAAUCGGUUUAGCACUUGAAGUCCGGGCAGGGUUGGCAAAUAGUCCUGCUCUUUUGCGUGGAAACCAGUAGAUAUUUUUGUCCUGUUAAAUGCUCAGCCUUUAAGAUAACUCUCUAGCAAUUGUAAACUAAAAUUACCUUGUUUUUUUAUUGUUAGAUGCAUGCACGGUAAUUUGCUACUUCGGUUUAAGUCAGCUUGGCUUGAGAAAAUAGCGCUUUAAAAUGUUGCAAAAUGAAUAAACAUUUAAUCAAUAUCAUUCGGAAAUAUAUUAUGAUGUUUAAAAAUAAAUAUUGUUUUUAAGUUUUAGCCUACGCCUUUUUUUCUCGCAUGUUUUCCCUCGGAGUUCCUCCCCCUGCGGCGCUGGGCGGAGUUUCAUACCGAACCAGACGCUCCUUUUGUCGGAUUCGUUUCGACCUGACUCCCCGGGGUUUACGGCUAAAAAACAGAUACUUAAAUACAAUAAAACCAAUUAACACGAACACGUCGCUAGUUAAUAAGCACAUCCGUGACGGAAUAUUGAAAAAAGCCACUUGGCCAGUGAAGUGUCAAGGUGGAACUUGGUGAAUUCUGUCAUCAUGAAUGGCAGCACCAGUGUGUCUGGCACCCAGACAGGACGACUCAAAAUUGAGUCAGAUGCAGAUACAUGGAGCAAAGAGGACUGUCUGACACUGCUGGAGAGGAUACGCAGUCUGCUACAUGAUGGAGACACAAUGAAGUAUAAAACCACAGAGUCUCAUUUUGACUGGGAGAAGGUGGGGUUUGGGGGUUUCACUGGAGACAUGUGUAAGCAGAAAUGGCAGAAAGUUUCCACAGAGGUGCGUAAAUACAGAACGAUGACAGAGCUCAUUGUUGAUGCUAUUGAAUAUGUGAAGAACCCAUACAAGGGGAAAAAAUUGAAGACACAUCCAGACUUCCCGAAGAAACCCCUCACUCCCUACUUUCGCUUCUUUAUGGAGAAACGAGCCAAGUAUGCAAAAAUCCACCCCGAGAUGAGCAACUUGGAUCUCACCAAGAUUCUGUCCAAAAAAUACAAAGAGCUUCCUGAAAAGAAAAAGCUCAAGUACAUUCAAGAGUUCCAGAGAGAGAAAGAGGCUUUUGAGAAGAACAUGGCACGAUUCAAGGAGGACCACCCAGAUUUAAUAGAGGAGAGAAAGAAGUCAGACCUCCCAGAGAAGCCCAAGACCCCUCAACAGCUAUGGUACAACCAUGAGAAGAAGACCUACAUGAAAAUUCACCCAGAGGUAAGCCAGAAGGAGGUGAAGGAAGCAUUACGUAGACAAUGGUCCCAAUUAUUAGACAAAAAGAGGCUGAAAUGGAUCAGCAAAGCUCUAGAGCUGCAGAAACACUAUGAGGAGACCAUGAGAGCAUAUCUUGAAGCUCAUCCGGAUGCAAACUCUGACGAACACGUCAAAUCUGUCCUGACCAAGGCUGAACGGCAGCUCAAGGACAAGUUUGAUGGUCGGCCAACCAAACCACCACCAAAUGGCUAUUCUCUGUACUGUGCUGAACUAAUGGUAAACAUGAAGGACGUGCCAAGUACGGAGCGAAUGGUGCUGUGUAGUAAGCAGUGGAAGAUGAUGACCCAGAAAGAGAAGGAUAUGUUCCAAAAACGAUGUGAACAGAAAAAGAAACAGUAUGAGAUUGACCUUCAGAGGUUUAUUGAGAGACUCCCAGAAGAGGAGAGGGAGCGUGUGUUGACAGAGGAGAAGCUGGGAGGCUCCAGGCUGAACAUAGCGGGCGCAGGCAGCCCCCUAAGGGCUAAAUCUGUGAAGGAACUGUGUCGUGACCCUGAGCUGGAUCAGUGGGUACAUGGACUUUCAAAAGAGAAGCGAGACGCUAAGAAGAAAACACGGCUUCCUGAAACGCCGAAGACUCCAGAGGAGAUGUGGCAGCAGAGUGUGAUAGGAGACUAUCUGGCUAAAUACAGAAAUGACCGGAAGAAAGCGCAGAAUGCAAUGGAUGCUGCUUGGAAGGCCAUGGAAAAAAAGGAGAAGAUUCCUUGGAUCAAGAAGGCUGCAGAGGACCAGAAGCGAUACGAGAGAGAGCUGUUAGAGAUGAGGACAGUUCUGUCAGGACAGGGACAAAGAAAACCAAAAUUUGAUGGCGAGCCCAAGAAGCCCCCAGUGAGCGGGUAUCAAAUGUUCUCUCAGGAACUGCUAACUAACGGUGAGCUGAAUCACUUCAGCCUGAAGGAGCGCAUGGUGGAGAUCGGCAAGCGAUGGCACAAGCUUAGUCAGAGCCAGAAGGACAAAUAUAAAAAACAGGUUGAGGAGCAACAACUAGAGUACAAAGCUGAGCUUGACGCUUGGGUAAAGUCACUAUCCCCUCAGGAGCGUGCGGUAUAUAAAGAGUUCUCAACUACGAAACGGCGAAGCACUACAAAAGCACGAGGUCCUGGGGCGAAAAUCCAAGUCACCAAGGAGAAGGUGGUAGGUGCCAGAGCCGUGACAGUGGGUCCCGGGGGGGGCAAGCGUUCCAUGGCGUACCGGGCCAAGGACACAUCGGACUCGGACUCGGAUGAUGAAAAAACAGGCACUUCAGACUCGGAUGAUGAAGAUGAUGAGUCAUCUGGCAGCACUGAUAGUGAGGAUGAUGAUGAAGAUGAUGAGAAUGAAGAUGACAAUGAUGACGACGACGAUGAUGACCAAUCAGACGGUUCCAGCAGCUCAUCAUCAGAAGAUAGUAUUGACUCUGAUUCAGACUAACCUGUCCUACCCCCUCUUAGAGGGGGCUGUGCCGGACACACCCCCUAGCAACACCCCUGCCGGAAAAUGGGGAGGUGGUCCAGUAGCUGUGAGCUCACUGCAUGCAGUAAUCUGGCUCCCUAUCUUUACAGGGCAAAAAAACAUGAUGGUGGCCAACAGCUCUCCCCAUCAUUGUGUCCAUGUGCUAUGCGACUUGAAGUCAAUCGGACAAGGUUUUUUUUUCUUUUUUUCCUCUUUUAAAGGAGCUGUGUUACAUGUGUGUUUUUUUUUUUUUUGUAUUAAUUUUUUAUUGCCUUUAUAUAGGUGUGUUAUUAAAUUCUGUGUUGCUUUGUUUUGUUCCUUUUAUUUUAACUUCAAAAUAAUUUGCUAAUUUAAGCCGGUUGAGCUUUUAUAAGUUUCGAAAGUAUCAGGGUUGCUCAGAGGUGGAUGUUAGGGAUAAAAACUUUGAAAUGGAGGACAUGAAUUCUCCUGUUCUCCUGUUUAUAUUUGUUUGCCUCACCAAAUGGGCUCUGAGGGCUAUACGAGCUGCUCAAGUCUUGUUUGGAUCAUUCUGUUGCAGAUCCUCAAUAAUAAAUGCACUUUUCCCCC